AUGCCCGACACCAUGCUGCCCAUGUGCUUCCUCAGCCUGCUGGCCCUCACCUCUGCGUGCUACUUCCAGAACUGCCCAAGGGGUGGCAAGAGGGCCAUGUCCGACCUGGAGCUGAGACAGGUACAUGGCCUCCCCUGCGGCCCCGGGGGCAAAGGGCGCUGCUUCGGGCCCAGCAUCUGCGGCGCGCCGACGAGCUGGCUGCUUCGUGGGCACGGCCGAGAGGCGCUGCGCUGCCAGGAGGAGACCUACCUGCCGUCGCCCUGCCAGUCGGGCCAGAGGCCGUGCGGGAGCUGGGGGCCGCUGCGCCGCGCCGGCAUCUGCUGCGACGACGAGAGCUGCGGGACCGCGUCCGAGUGCCGGGAGGGCGCGGGCUUCGCUCGUCGCGUCCGCGCCAGCGACCUGAGCAACGCGACGCAAGCUGGACGGGCCGAGCGAGGCCUUGCUUUGCGGCUGGUGCAGCUGGCGGUGGCGCCCGAGCCCGCCGAGCCCGCCAAAUCCCCGCGUCUACUGAGCCGCCGGGGGCCGCCCCCGCCCCGGGCGCUGACGCCCGCCCUGCCCUGGCAGCAAGAACAAUAA